UGUAAUUGAUUCUGUGGGUUAUCCCAUUUCGCUUGUGUCACCUAGCUUCUCUUGAUCGACCAAGCGAGGCAAUGUGGCUGGUUGGCUGGAUUCAAUGAGUUAGAGAAACUGGUAUGGAGAAAGUGGCUGUUGGAUUUUUAAUGGACAUACUCUGGAUAAUUUAAAGAAAAACCACUAAGAUGACCUACUGACCUAUAUGCUGUAAUUCUCAAGGACACUGAUACAGGCUCACCUAGAGCGGCUCUUUGUACCCCCUGGUGUGACCACUGACCACUCCCACCAUUCCAUGGACAGCCGGGUCACUUACAUGAGUAAAUCUGCGACCGCGGAGGUCCGAGAAAUGCGCGAAACGAAGACCGAGGUACGCCCAAUGAAGAAAGAAUUCCAUCCAAUUGAAACUGAGAUUCACGUGACCGAGUUGCGGCCAAUAAAACUCGGCCCAAUGCCAAAGAAUGGCGAUAUAUCUGUUGGGAGCAGCAAGAAGCAGCAACGAACGUGGGAACGUCGUUUGUUAUCUGAGGGUGGGUUAGGGGAUAUGAAUCCUCAAACGUACGGCUACAACAAAACGAGUCACAACUCAAGUCUUGACCGUGGGUCGAAUCAGGAGACGCGUACAGAGAGUCGGCGGUCUCAUUCAGCCUCGAGACACGAGUAUACAGAUACCAACAUGCCUGAAAUGAGGUCAAAUAUGAUUCGGACUGUGACCAGUAGAACAGGAUCACUUCCUUCCACUGGGUCAUUGCCGUCACCUAAAGAUAGAGGCACUGCUGAGUUUCAGAGGCGAGAUCUGAGCCCAAACUACCGGAUGACAGAAGACCAGGUGACCACAGUGGAUGGCAAGUGCUCCUGCUGUCCCUAUGGUUACCACGUGGACGUUGACUUCAUGAGCUACUGCGACACGCUCUCCAACCAGUCCUACCUUAAACAGCUGCGGCGAAUCCAGCAUGAGAAACGAAAACUCCGCAAGUCCAUGGAGACUUAUGUACUGGACCAGGAGAAAACAGAAGGAAGGUCUACCAUUAUGAACCCAAUGGAGAGCCAGUCUUACUAUAAAGAGUCUACGACGAAUCGUCUUCUGGAUGAGAUAGAUACAUCUGUUGAUCAGACAAUCAAUUCUAUCGACACCAUGAUGAAGACAUCACAGAAUUCACGGCAGCUGUACACUGACUCGGGUUCCGCUACUGUUCAGCAGUUAAAAGAACCUAGAAAGUUUAACACAUUCCCGAAAAAAGUCGGCAGACAGGUGGCAGAAGAACUGCAAAACUACAAUGAAACAUUUACGGCGACAUUAAACACGAAUGAUCGCGUUGAUUCCAAUGGCUCCCUUUCGUCCAUUUCGACUGAACACAGUGAGCGAUUUCUACUUCAGCCGCUAAAUCAGGUUAAUCAGAUAAAUCAGGGUUACACCUCAACUGAAACUACCACAUCAAGAACAACUAACAUCACGUCUCAGCAGCUAGCUGAAACUAUAGCCAUCCAUCUUCCAUUGGAGGACGGUGCUGCUUCAGCCCAAACAAAUUCAGCGAAUAUAAGCCAGCAGUCUUUGCAGGCGAUACGAGAGUCGAUGGCUGUUAGCUUGCAGAGAAUGAAAGAGCUGGAGGAGCAGGUGAAGGCAAUUCCAGUACUUCAGGUGCGAAUAUCCGUUUUAAAAGAAGAGAAACGUCUGUUGGGAUUGCAGAUGCAGGCACAGAAGCAUGUGAAUUGUGUGAGCCGCGGGGUAGGUGAUGAUACCAUUGAGCCCCAGUCACCUCUCAGCCCAAGGACUCCUCCAGCGACCUUGCCCAAACCCAAGGUCAAGAUGGCUGCUGUUGGUGAUCAUAACGUCCAUGAAGCCUAUGUUGUUCAACCCGAAAUUGAAAAUACGAAUACUCAUGUGUAUGAAAGAGAGACAAUUAUCAUUGACAGGGCUGAACGGCAGCAGGCAGUGUUUACACAGGAAGAUGCUAAGCCCCUGACGAGGACUGUUGGUGUUGGUGAAGGAAAUGUUUUCGAUGACAGCAUGCACAUUCAUGAAAAAGAACUGAGGACAGUCAUCAUUGGUCAGAGUGAAAAAACUGGAAAGAGAAAUGUUGGGAUUGAAUGCCGUGUGCCUACACGUGACGUUGGUGUGUCAUACAAUUUUGACUCGUUCGAGAAGCCCGCUACCCGCAGCGUUGGCAUCACCACAGAAACAACAGCCCUAGUAACGAAUGUCAGUUUCAAGAGCGAAGAAUUCACUACUGCUCUUCGCAAUGCGUUGGCCAAAAAUGUCCGCAGUGUUGGAAUCCAGGCGAACAACAAGUUGCAGAUGACACACGUGGGAAUUCAGCAUGCAUCAUCUGCUUGGAAUGUUCGCUCCUUAGGAGUCGGGGAGUGCAGUAUAGAUGUCGAGGUUCGCACUCCAGUCACUCAGAGAUCUGUCAGUGUCGAUGCAUUCCCCGAUAGAAUGAAUCGCUGUGUGAACACAGACUAUGGCUGGCGAACAGAUGCUUAUACGAACACUCUAACUGGGAUCCCUGCGAACAAUGCGACCCAGACUGAGGAAGCUCGAAAGUUUAAUUCAUUCACUAUGACAGAGGCUGUAAAUCAGUACCAAUCCUUCACUCAAACUGAUCACAAGGUGUUUGCAAUAUUGGACGCCUUUAGAACAAAUGGAACCAAUACAGAUAAAGUUCUGACAUUAAAUACCGGAAUGAACACCGUUAUGAAACCACAAACAGAUCAAGGGGUCAACACGGUGCAAGAAGUUCAGAGCACAAGGACUUGCGGUGUUAACACGCAGGAUGCGCCAUUGAGAUCAGUUGGGGUGGGAGAGGGUAUUAUUGAGGACAGUGAAGAAGAGUAUAGGUUUGAAGAGGAGGGCAUAGAGACGAAGACGACAUACUAUACCACUGAACAGGGCAAGGAAACUACUAAGGUUGAUAAAGGUUAUGAGAUUAAAAGGGAAUAUGGGGAAUCUAGGCAAUCCAGUGCAAGUAGUUUGCAAAGGAGUGAAUCUAAUGAUUCUGAGGUAGAUCAGAAUGAAGAGGUGGUGGAGGAAAAAGUGUGGCGAACAACCGGUGAUGGUCAGUUUACUGUUACCACAGUAACCACAAGGAAAGUUUUUGGAGCUGAAGGGGAUGGUAAAGUACACACGGAAACAAAGACAGUCACUGGUGGUCCAGAGGUGCUGGGGUCGGCAGCGUCCCUGAUACAGAAGGAAGUUGAAAGCGGUCGCACAAGCUCCUCUUUCACAAUAACAAGUGGUCGAUCUAGUGUGAGUGAUCUUGAUAGCGAUAUUGUAAGCUCUGCCGUAAUGGGAUCUGCUAGGGGAUCAGCAGCAGGAUCAAUAAGGGGAUCUACAACAGGAUCGCAUAGUUCCAAAGUAACUACCAUUCAGCCAGGAAUAUCCACAUCAACUUCUACUGCUCUCGGUAGUACUGCACUGGCAAGAGUCUUGGGCACAGAUUACGAAGAGCUUUUGCAGCGGGAGCGUGAAAAGAAAGCAAGUGGUGGAAGUGUUAGCAUGCAGUCAUCAUCAUCUUCCUCAUAUUCGUCGUCUGGUUCAGGAUUGUCUGGAGCUGCUGUGACGCUUGGUGCUAAAUUAGAACAAAAUAGCGGUAUUGCCGUUGAGGGUGGAUCGAAGUCAUCGUCUUCUUCCUCUUAUUCUUCAUCUGGUUCAGGAUUGUCUGGAGCUGCCAUGACUCUUGGUUCGGAAAAAAAUAGCAGCAACGGAGUUGGUGGCGGAUUGUCUUCAUCAUCCUCAUCUUCUUCUGUCACUCGCAAGACAAAAAUUAUCAGGGAAGGCGAUUUGGAUGGUGGGAUGGUCACAACAGUGACUGAGGAACGUUCGACAUCUGGCAACAUUUCGCCAAUGCAUGAACUCUACGACUCUGGCAUCAUGUCGAGCUCUGGCUCAUUGUCCUCUGGGCUUGCUUCCUCAGGUUCUUGGCACUCAGACCUGAGCAGUGUAGGUGGUACCCUCAAGUCCAUUAUGAAGAAGAGGCAGACUGAUAAUGGCUCCCAGAAAAGGGGAAUAACGUUUGCAGAGUCUGUAACUGGCGGUGCAUGCAGCACACAGGAGGAAGCCAAUAACAUAAACAAGGGCGAAACAGACAGCGAAGGUGCAACAUCGGACCACUCCUCAAACGAGGAAGAUGAGGAGGAGGGGGAGGUCGAAAGUCAAGAGGAGGAGGAGGCAAAUGAGGAGGAGGGUGAGGGUGGGGAAAUUGUGGAUGCAGGUUCCGACAGUGACGACAGUUUUACGGAGGGCGGUUAUGACUGCUUGAAGGGCAACAUUAUAUAUAAGUGUAAAGAUGACGAAGCUAUCGCCAGUGGAUUGCCCGGGGCAAAAAUGUUUGACCAAAAUAUUAGAGAAACUUCCAGACAACGAAGAUUUGAACUAGAUUCAGAAAUGAAAGAAUCUUGCCAAGUGCUUGCCUUGUAUCUGGAAGACUCCACACAAGUACAGACAAAGCAGUUGAAUGCAAGCCUAGAGAAGAUUGAGAAGGAAUGGUUCAAAGUCUCGUCAACAAAGCUUGCAGACGCCCACCAAGUGGAAGAUAACCUCUCGUGUUUCAACGAGAUUUCGGAUCGCUUGCUUGAGUAUAUAGUCAACAUGCAGGACUCCAAUGGGAACACGGCCAUGCACUACGCCGUCUCCAACGGCAACUUUGACAUUGUGAGUCUACUCCUUGAUGCGGGCACCUGCGACCUGAGCAAGCAGAACAAGGCGGGCUACACUGCCAUCAUCAUGGCCACGCUGUCCUACCCGCAGACCGAGCGACAGGUGGAGGUGGUGCAGAGGCUGUUCUCCAUGGGCGAUAUCAAUACCAGGGCUAAAAAAGAUGGACAGACAGCGCUGAUGUUUGCAGUCCGUCAGGGUAUCCUGCCUAUGGUGGAGCUGCUGCUGGACAUGGGCGCGAACACCAACCUGCAGGACGACGAGGGCUCCACCGCGCUCAUGUGCGCCGCGGAGCAUGGAUACACCGACAUCAUCAAAGUUCUCCUGAACUCUGCCGGAUGUGACGCCACCAUUGCCGAUAAUGAAGGCAGCACUGCCUUGUCCAUUGCCAUGGAAGCGGGACACAAAGAUGCAGGCGUGCUUUUGUACGCGCACGUGAACUUCGGACCCGGUCAUUCACCUAAAAAUAUUGCGAGGAAGAUAAAAUCGCCAAGUCUUGGCUAUGGGUCAUCCUAGUGGAAGAAAAGCCAGAAAGUCAUCUUCAACUUCAGAUGUUCCAAGCUCAGUUCCACACCUAUAAUGGUGACAGCUAUUGGAGAAAUCACUCAUUGCAUCUCUUGUUGUGUACAUUUCGGUCCUGUAUCAUCCUUAGAUGUCACAAUUAUACAAGCAGACGUAACAGUGUAAUCAGCAAUCAGCAGACGUCACAUUUUAUAAGCAGACGUCACAUCAUUUCUUGCUUCAUCAUCAGGUGUCAUAUUGUAGCAGCAGACAUCAAAUGAUUUAUGCAGCCUGAGCAGACAUAUAUAUUUUAUCAGCAUUGAAGUGAUCACAAGCAGGCAAUACCAGACAGUAGUGAUAUCAGCAGACAUUGAAGAUUAUUUAAACAAUUGAUACAUGGAUGACCUAUUCAACACAGUUGUUCAAAAACUUUUUUGGCUGAGUAACUUUGAACUAUAGAAAAUUAAUAAAUUAAUUUUUGCUUGAUGGUCUUAUGGUAUUUCUAACAAUGUUGUCAGGUGCUAUGUCAUAGAAGUGUGGUCUUACUAGUGUAUUAAUAUUUGUAUUAGACUAAUUUGCUAAUUAGCAAUGGGAGAUUUAUGCAUUCCAGUGAAAAUACAUUUGGACCAACUUUCAGAGUUUCCUCUUUUGUACUUUUGUAAGAGUACUCAAAUUGAUUUUUGAUUGUUUUUCAUGUUGAAAAAUCCUGUUUGUACAAAGCUUUUACUUUGUUAAACCUUAAUGUACAACUUAGAAUCUAGAUCUGUAUUUAUAAGCAAUUAUCUGUAGGCUUUAUUAAUAUAUCAGUAUAUGUGUUUGUAUCAUACAACUAUGCAGUUACAAUUUUUGGAUGCAAAUGUAAAUAAAAAAAUGUAAUGUAUUUUAUAUACGUUUGAAAAUUUAGUUUUUUCUGCAAUAUAAGUUUGUUUGCUGCAUGUUGCUAUAUCUUAAAUACAUGUGAUAAUUUUCAUGGGUUUUGACAUUAUCUCUGUUUUAAGGAUAACUUUUUAUAUUGAAAUUUUAAUUUUCUGCCAUUCAUGCUACAGUAAAAAAAUCAUUGGCCUUUAAAAAUGAUUGCUUUUCUUACAAUAAAAGUAAACAAUUUUGAUUAUGUAAUGAAAUUGUAAAUAGCUUGUACCACAGAUGUAAAUUGUAUUGUUAGAUUGUACAUAAUAAUCAUAUUAUAUUCAGUUUCUGAAUAGAGGUAUUAUAUUCAUGUACAUAUUAUUAUGAAUCAUUAUGGCGAAAUUCACUGCUUAUAAGGCUGUGAGUUUGCUCAUGUACGAUCGCCAUAGCAUAUAAGUAGACUAAGUAUAAUACCAUGAGAUAUUUAUUUUUUCCCAAACUGUAUCAAUUUAAAUCUUGAAGAUUUUAUAUGUGUAGUGAGUGUAUAAAAUUAUUUUUUUUUAAGUUUUGAAUAAUUGCAUUUUAAGUUUUUAUAAGAAACAAAGCAAGUUUAUGUUGUUUUUGUAUUUAACAGUUGAAGUUUACAAAUAAGGUUACAUUUUACAUAAAGUACAAGAAGUAUUUUUACAAUUUUUUAUUUGGUAAAACAUUUUUUUUCUGCAAUUUAUUUUAGUUCUGCAUUAUUCAUGGAUUUUUUAUAAAUUAAAAUCUAUUUUUAAAAUAAGUACUACAUUUUUGUCAAUAACAAACUGAAAUUUGUAUAUGCACAAAUUCAUGACUAACUCACAUGUGUUCCAUUAUUGUUUUCAAUUAAUGUAGAACAUAAAUUAGUAAUAUUUAUUAAUUAUUCAGAAAUAUUGGAAAUGGAACUUGAUUUUACAAUUUUAUUCCAUGUAUUAUUUUUCCAUAAGCCAUUCCGAGGUGCUGUUAUGUACAGUUGUUUUUGCUUUGUUUUAUAAUUCAUAGUAAUAUUCAUGUCUGUACAUUGAAUACAGAGUGCAGAACUACAAUGUAUUGUGUAUGAAAGGUAUUCUGUAUAGACUGGAGACUGUUGUGUGCUGACCUAUCAAGUUAUAUUGUAGCAGGAUAGUGUAUUGUAUCCAAAUACUCAUGCCUUGCAAUUGUCUGUAAUAGUCCAGCUGCUUACUUACUGAGGUUAGACUAUUUACGUAAAAAUAUAUAAGAUACGCUCAGUGAAAAGGGGGUUUAAUGAAUAUGCGUACAAUGUUGUCCCAGAUUAGCCUGUGCAGAACAGCCUGUGCAGUCUGCACAGGCUAAUCAGGGAUGACACUUUCCGCCUUAACUUGAUUUUUGCUAAGAAAAGACUUUGUGUAAAUGAAAAAUAUCAUAAAAACAGAAAGUUUCGUCCUUGAUUAGCCUGUGCAGACUGCACAGAGCACGGCCCAUAUGUUUGACUAGACCUUCAGAGCACGGCCCAUAUGUUUGACUAGACCUUCAGAGCACGGCCCAUAUGUUUGACUAGACCUUCAGAGCACGGCCCAUAUGUUUGACUAGACCUUCAGAGCACGGCCCAUAUGUUUGACUAGACCUUCAAUUAAAUAUUUAAUUGUGUUAAGGGAAACUGUUGUGAUUUACUGUUAACAACAAACUUUCUAGGUUGAAGUCUAAUUUAAACAUAUGAGGACUGGUGAAUACAAUAAAUUGCAUUACAAUUUUAAAAAUUAGACCUAUAUUUAAAUUCUUUGUUUUCCAACAUACCAUAUUUGUUUUAAGUUACACCAAUACAUAUGACAUUGUUUUGCUCUGUUUACCAUCACAGCUAUCAUCAAUUGAUAUGAUUGCAAUUAUCAUACUUCAUUACUUAAGUUUUAUUUAGCAUACACCUCUGUAUAUAAACUAUAUGCAAUGCAUAUCAUGUCCACAAAGGUUGUGAUUAUGUACCAUGAGUGCCAUAAUGUAAGUCCCGUUCUGAGAAAUCUGGGAAUAUGCAUGUGCAUAAAAGUGUCGUCCCAGAUUAGCCUGUGCAGUCCGCACAGGCUAAUCAGGGAUGACACUCCGCUUUUUAUUAUGACGUUUUCGUUAAAAUGAAGUCUCUUCUUAGCAAAAGUCCAAUUUUGGCGAAAAGUGUCAUCCUUGAUUAGCCUGUGCGAACUGCACAGGCUAAUCUGGGACGACACUUAACGCACAUGCAUUAUGCCCAGUUUUCUCAGAAUGCGACGCAUGUAAUUUCAGGUAUGCUGUCAGGCACAUAUCAUGUCCUGAAUACUUUUCAAGCUAAUAACUGUGAACUAAGUUUGAUUGAAAUCAUCAUUAUGUCAAAGUAUUCUACUCGAUUUAAUUGUUUAUGUUCUUUAUUGAAUGACCCAGUAUUGAGUCAGAAUUUUAAUUGCUUGCAGAAUUCCUUUUUUUUUGGAUUUGUUACCAUUCUUCUUUUCUUGUGACUAAAUAUUAUUUGUAUUUUAACCUUUGACAUUAGGAACACUCAUUCAUCAUUCCAUCCAUGUACCAAGGUAUUUCACUUUAUACAGUUUGAUGCUAUUUGUUUGAUGUGUUUAUCACUGUGAAUUGUAUAACUGUAUACCAUAGUUCAUUUGUUGGAAAGAUCUGGGACCAAAUAAGCUAACAUAAGUUGUUGGAACACCUUAGAAACAUAUUUUUACAAAAGAACCUCUGAUAUAAGGAAGAAUUGUGGUCAACAUGUUGAGCUGUUCUGGAACAUGCCAACUAUCAAGUAUAUUUAUUAAUUAACCCUUUCCCUCUCAGAAGCAAAGUAAAAUUGGUAUGUGCAAACAGCAUAAAGCCAGAACAGCCUGCGAGCAACUCACAGUCUGUUCAGGCUUUAUGCUGUUUGGUGCUCAGCAGUACCGGUACUAAUGUUUGGAGAUGAAGCCUUAAAAACUUAAAUCUAGUAAAAAAGGUCAUCAAUCAAAUGUAACUUUCUAAGGAUAACAUAUGCGUGAAAAUAUGUAUCUAAGUGGUAAAGGGUUAAAAUAGCUCUGAAAAUAGUUUUUAUCCAUCAAGAGGAAACAAUUAUAUGGCUUUAUUUAUUUAAGAGCAUGUUUUGUGCAACUGGCGUGUUAAAUUUCCUAUUCAUCACACACAUACAUUUGUUAUUUAUUGUACUGGGUUGAUUAUAUAUUUGUACAAGUGUACUUAAACAUAUAAAUGUAUCUGCUUGCCUAAGUAUCAACCAUAAGCAACUAUUUAUUUGAAAAAAAAAGGUUCACUAUCCAGACAUGCAAAUACAUCUUUUUCGUCAGCUUUUUAUUGGGAUUCUCAUCCCUAAUCAGUUACGCUUCUAAUAUGAAGUAUGAGAAAUAUAUACAGUUAAGAGAAAUAUUGACUUGAUUCUGACACUCCCAUUUCUAGCAAGGUACUUGUAAAGUAAAUUAAAUUUAACUUCAUGACUAUGCUAUACCUCAAAUGCCAGGGUGCUUUCUUCAAAAUGACAAAAUGAACAAAAGCAAUGGAUGUUGGGAAACAUAUUUACAUAUAUCAACAUCAACAAAUGUAAAUUCUGGUAAGUAUUGAAAUAAACGAAAAUGUAAUGCACAAUUUUAACGUUGUGAUAUAUCUUUUACCUAGUGCAUUUUUACUGAAUAUUGCUAUAUAUAUAUAUACUGACUCUAAGUUUUUGUCGCUUUUCAAAAUGGAUAACUGAUAAAAGAUGGCAGCAAUUUUAGAUUGUGUUGUUAUGUUAUAUAUUUAUGAACAAUAAAUAUGUGAACUAAA